AUGCUAUUCCCAAAGACUAACAACCAGAGAACAGAUAUUUGUUCAACCUGGGUUGCCACGUCAUCUCAUUUCAUUCUUGUCCUCGUACUCUUCCUUCCGUUGUAUUUGUCAAAGAUGACUGCACCGCUCACGUAUCCGUCGCUAAAAUGUGUUUUGGAAAGUUUGGAGGCUAACAAGAGAUUUCGACUUGCUGCCAGAAGUCCAACGAUCUCCCGGAUCAAUAAAGCAGUGUCUCUCCACUUAUCACUUCUCAGAUUUGAAGAUUCUGAGAUCAAAGUCAAUGAUAUAACGUACAAGUUCUCACUAGACUCCUCAUAUGCUCGAGAAACCAAAGAAGAGAAUUUGAAUAGUCUGCAAAAAAGAUUAGAAGGUGGAGAUAUCAUUUUGGGAACGGAAAGUGUUCUGCGAUCUUUCAAAGUCGUCCGUCUAACUUAUUCUUCUAGUUACGGUAGUUUUACUAAAGUACUCGCUGAAGAUGUGACUAAAGAAAUGGCAAUGAGACAGUUGGCAUGUUCUGUGUUGGAAGGACGAAAACGUGUAAACGUGGCAACUUUAAAAAUCGAUAAUCGAUAUGAAAAAGUGCUGCGAAUCCCAAAAAAUCUGAAACUGCAUGUCAGAAGUCUUCGAGCUUAUGUGAAUGAUCUCAAUGCCAUUGCUCAGAUCUUGGAUCCAGAAUGUUUUCCACUAGAAUCCAUUGAAACAUCACUGUGGUUCCGAUCUUAUCUUGAUAACGAUGUGAUUCAAUCUUCCCAGAAGCUAAUUCUCAAUGGUUUAACUUUCAACCAUUCUAUAACUCAAUGGUAUGAAAUCCUUCUGAAACUUGAGAAGCAUCGAAACGUGGAAACGAGAAAUCUCUGCUUUUCGGGAAAACAAGUCAGAGCGAUUAUUCGAAAAGUUGUGGAUAAUGGUCACUCAAUCGAAAGGACACUUGACUUGAAAUGUUAUGACAAAUUCGAUGUUUCGAAUUUGAUGAGGAAAAUCAAAAAUAAAUUUAAUGGGACUUUGGUGGUUUUACAGAAGAGUAAAGAUCACCAACCAGUAUCCGAUGUGGUCCGUGUCCCCAUGAAUUCGGAAUCUGAACUCAUUGUAUACGCAUUCAAGGUUCCAGAAAAGAAAAAGAACAGUUCAAGGAAUCUACUGAAGCUGGAAGUACUGCCUAUUGGAUCAUCGACUCCAAAAGUUGAAAAGAGAAGAAGCUUGAAAAUUCUUGAGUGGCUUAAAUAA